AUGGAUGCCGAUGUCGAUCGAAUCGACAUCGAUGAUGAUGGUGACUACAAUGCUGGUAUAUUCGGCAUCGCCAAUGGCUGCCACAGUGAGGACGAUGACACCCUCAUUGGUGAAUACAACAUUCUUUCAGCAGUACACACGAAGCGCACUGAUGUUGACAAGGAUGAACCAGCAGAGGAAUUUCUGCUGACUCGCUAA